UUCUGUUCAAGAGAGGCCCUGCGAGAAAAAUUUGAUAUUUUAACUUUUUUUAUAUUAAGAAUACCUAACAUGGAAUUUUAUAGCGUUUGAAAAAAAAAAUGUCUAAAACUAAUUCAGAUUUAUUUUCAACCGCAUCUUUCGAUAAAAAUUCAAAAAAAGACGUUCCACAAUGGCUUGAAGAUAUAACGGAGAAUAAAAAAUCAGUUGAAAUCGAAGGUAUUGGCACUGGUGAUGCUCCAAACAAAACUCCAAAUAAAACUUAUCAUGAUCCAUUAGCAAAUUUAACAAAUGCUGAAACAAUUGCACAUUUUGAAAAAAGUUUAAGUGUUGAAAUACCAACUCAUUUAUUACCCCUGGCCAGUUCACAAUCGAAUAAUGAUUUAGGCUCGAUAAAUACUAACAACAGCAAAACAAGUCAAUCAGCAAAAUAUGGACGUCGUGCAUCAAUUCAAUCACAACCUACAUCAGAUUUUCAGACAUCAUCUUCAGCUCACACAAGUCCGUUUCAUAAAAUAUUGAGUGAUACAUCAGAAAUAUUUGUUAGUAAAUCGACAAAGAAACUUGAAAAUUAUAAAAUAUGGAAUCCUUUACAGUAUUUUUCGAACAAAGCAGGUGGUGAGAAUUGAUUUUCUUUUUUCAUAAGUGGAUAUAGAUA